AUGGGGUUCCUCUCCGCCGGUGGCGCCUCCCCGUCGUCCCUGCUGCUGUGUGAAGAGAACAUGGACGACGUUUUUGGGUGCAGUGACGGCGAGGGGGAGCUGGCGGAGUUGGGGGCGGGCCUUGAUUUCCCGGCCUUCCCGUUGGAGAGCGACGAGGUUGUAGCGUCUCUGAUGGAGAAGGAGAAGGAGCAACUGAUUCAUGUCGCGGCGGGGCAUUACCUCCAGAGGUUGAACAGCGGAGGAGUGGUGUCCUCUUGGAGGAUUGCUUCCAUUGAUUGGAUCAACAAGGCCCAGGCUCAUCAUAAUUUUGGACCCCUAUGCUUUUACCUUUCUAUUAAUUAUCUUGAUAGGAUCCUCUCCAUAAAGGAACCCCAGGCUGGGCAGCCCUGGGUGCAGCAGCUACUCUCAGUUGGCUGCCUAUCCAUUGCAGCCAAGAUGGAGGAGACUCUAGUUCCUCGGUAUCAAGACUUCCAGGUUUGCAGUGAGAAGUACAAGUUCGAUGCAGAAUCUAUUAAGAAUAUGGAGAUUUUUGUUAUGGGCUCUCUGAAUUGGAGGAUGCAAGCUGUGACCCCAUUCUCAUACAUCAACUAUUUCAUGGACAAGUUCACCCAGGGGAAGCCGUUAAGUUGCGGAUUUGCUUCUCGGUGCUCUGAGCUCAUCCUCGGCACUCUGGAAGCAACUAAGUUCCUCCAAUUCAGACCUUCUGAGAUUGCAGCAGCCGCAGUUCUCUUAGCAGCUGCUGAAAGUCACGCUCUUGACUUCACCAGCGCUCUUAUAGCUUCUAACAUCCCUAUCGAUAAGCAAACUGUGAAGAGAUGCUAUGAAGCAAUGCAAGAGGUCGGAUUAGUGAAGAAGAAUGAAGGCAAUGCGAGUCGUCCUUCGGUUCCAAAGAGCCCAUAUGGUGUGCUGGGUGCCUCAUGCUUCAGCUUCAAGACUGAUGAUAGCCAGACACCAGGGUCAUCGCAAGCGAACCAUGUUUACAAUCCAGCUAACAAGAGGACAUAG